UAUUUGUCUUCUGUCUGCUAAAAGCAAAGGUUCUCUCUCUCUCUCUCUUUCUGAUCAGUGCUGGUUGAAUCUCUGAGAUCAGAGUCGUUUUUUUUUUUUGUUUUUAUAUCCCCUGACUGACAAGAUCUCUUUUCGUACCACUUCCCGAAAUUCCCAACCAUUGGCCUCCUCCUUCCCUUUGCUUCUUCUGCCUUACUUUCCCAUUCAUUUACUCCGACCCCUCUUCCCCCUGUUAGUUUUCGGCAAUUCCUAGGUUUAAAGAUUCACAUUUUGAACGAAGCCCCGCAGAUUCUUGGAUCUUGUCUAUGGCGGGAUAGCUGAUAAUCUUUGAAGGUGAGAAAACCCAGCUGAUUCUUCUUUACCCAAGACAUCCGAUUCCGGGAACCCAUUAAGCUUCCCCUGCUUCGAGUGGCCAUUGAUGCCACCUUUGCCGCAUUCCAUUCGGAUCUUGUCGUUGUAGGCGACCGGGGACAAGAUCUUGAAUGGACCUAGCUUCUCAUUGCAAGAGCUCUGCUUCUCAAUGCAGCCCUCACUUGAGUUCAAUCACAGGCAAGUGCUUUGCCCUCGUGGUCUUUGCCCUGAUUUCUCGGUCGCUUUUCCUCCUAGCGUUCCCGGGUAUCAACGGACGGGGGUAUAGCAAUGUCUUGGUGAUCGCGGACCGGUCUUUUCACAGUUUGGAUGAUUUCGGGAUCAGGAGAGAGAAGUUUCUGGAGGUUCCCCAAAUUGUGUGGGGCCUGAACAAUCAGAAGAUUGCGUUCGCGAGGGCCUGUCUCACCGCCCGGAUGCUCAACCGGACCCUCUUAAUGCCGAGCUUGAGCGCCUCUUUGUUUUAUAAGGAGAUCGAUCUUUUGCAGCCCAUUUCGUUCGAUAAGGUGUUCCAGUUCGACAAGUUCAAUUCACUCUGUAGUGGGUUUGUCCGCUUAGGCCGUUACUCGGAGCCAUCGAAUAGAACCGCCCCGUUCAAGCUUAUUAAAGGGAGCGGUAGGAAAUGGACAGUCGAUAGGGAUCUGGAUCAGCUGAGGGAGUUUGGGCGUGACCCGAUUGACAGCCAUGAGAUUAUUCGGGUCGUCGGGAAAAAUCCGUUUCUGUGGCACGACCAUUGGCCGGUUAAUGACUAUGCAAGGGUCUUUGAGUGUUUAGCAUUAGUCGAUGAGAUAGCUAAAGAAGCCAAUAGAGUUAUCAAUAGGAUCAGAGAAGUGGGCAAAGGCAGUGAAUCGAAAAGCAUAGGUGAAUUGGAAUCCGUCCCUUAUGUAGCUGUCCACAUGAGAAUUGAGAAAGACUGGAUGAUCCAUUGCAAGAAAUUAGAACAGAGGUCGAAUAUAUCACAAAUUUGCAGUAGCAAAGAUGAGAUCAUGGCUCGAGUUGGGAGAAUACUUGGUCUUAAAAAUCCAACUGUUCUGUACCUUGCUGUGGCCAAUAGCCUUCUUGAGGACUCCUCGUUGUUAACUGGUUGGAGGGAUGGGCUGCUCCCGUUUGAGAAGAAAAGAUUGGGAGUGGAAGCAAUCUACAGGAAGUAUCCUUACCUCAUUCAAUCAGCGAUCGACUACGAGGUUUGCGUCAGAGCAGACGUAUUUGUAGGGAAUAGCUUUUCUACCUUUUCGAGCCUUGUGGUUCUUGAGAGGACUCAGAAGAUGAUGAGUUCAGGGGUUAGGAGUUCUUGUGGUCGAGAGGUGAGGUGGGCUUCUUAUGCAUAUAAUAUCGAGGGGGAAUCAGGCGGGCCAAAGAGGUGGAUCACGAACAUGAAUGAUUCAAGCCUCCGAGCAGUAAGCUACGGAACCAAUGACAUUUCCUGUUGAAAGGUUACUGUGCAUAUUUUGUGCUAGAAUUACCCGAACAGGUAGAUUCGAGGCUCUCUGUUUGUCCUUUUGGUGUAAAGUUUUGCUUUGUUGAACAAGAAAAUUGAUACAUUGGGGUGAGAGGAAAUCUGCAAUUAGAGUAGCGUGGAUUCAUUGUUUGUUUGUGGAGAAUAGAAAUACGAAAACAAGUCAAUAGAACAGUUUGAAUUUCUUCAACUUUGAAGCAUGAACA